UCAUCUCAGAUUAUGUCUGUCUGUUAGUGCGUUGACGAGUCGGCCACACUGUCCCGGUGCCACCACCGGGUGACUGUAUGAGCUACUUCCGUGCACCGGCCGACAGCUAUCGGUUACGGUACUAGCAUCUAUCUGCGGGUUUUGAGUGAGGAAGCUAGCUUUGACGUGACAGCUGAACGUCCGCCGGUGAUUGGUUGACUUCACGCUAACCGUUGGCUAGCUCGACGUCAUUGUCGUGAACGUGACGUGGUUGGAGUCCGAAGUGCGCGGAACCAUCGCGUGAUGUCCCCCCCUGGCUCGCGUUAGCGGGGUGUGUGGCCGCAGUGCUCUGCUUUUUCUGGGUACCGCGAGCAGCUAUCGAUAGCACUCGCAGCCUGUUCGUGUCGCCUCGCCAUGGCUCAGCAGGACGGCGCUGCCAAGAAGAACCCUGCGGUGACGGCGUUGCACUCGCACUUCACUGUGGGUUCGGUAUCGGAGGAGAACUCUGAGGAUGAGAUCCCGGGGAAGCCCGGCUUGCAGCUGGAGGAGAGGGAGACCCGCUCCUCGUCGCCAUCCUCUGACAGCUCGAGCAGCACCUUUGAAAUGGGAUUCGACCACAUUGAUGGACCCUCGAACAAUCUAAGCGGUGGUACGAAUGGCUGUUGCGUUCUUCGCCCUGACAGGCCAAGCAUGUCAGGGCUGCACCUAGUGAAGCAAGGCAGAGAUCGCCGGCGUAUUGAUCUCCAGAGAGACUUCACCGUGGCCUCUCCCGCGGAAUUUGUCACCCGCUUUGGUGGCAACAAGGUCAUCGAGAAGGUGCUUAUUGCCAACAAUGGUAUUGCGGCGGUCAAAUGCAUGCGCUCCAUCCGGCGCUGGGCCUAUGAGAUGUUUCGCAAUGAAAGGGCAAUCCGCUUUGUCGUAAUGGUGACCCCAGAGGACCUUAAGGCCAAUGCAGAGUACAUCAAAAUGGCAGAUCAUUACGUGCCCGUGCCAGGAGGGACGAAUAAUAACAACUAUGCCAACGUUGAGCUCAUUCUGGACAUUGCGAAACGGAUACCUGUUCAGGCCGUGUGGGCUGGGUGGGGUCAUGCCUCAGAGAACCCCAAACUCCCAGAGCUGCUUCACAAGAAUGGCAUUGCUUUCAUGGGUCCCCCGAGUCAGGCUAUGUGGGCUCUGGGAGACAAGAUUGCUUCGUCCAUCGUGGCUCAGACAGCUGGCAUUCCUACCCUGCCCUGGAGCGGUUCAGGCCUCACAGUGGAUUGGACAGAGAGCAACCAAAAGAAGAAGAUCAUCAAUGUUCCUGCUGACGUGUUUGAGCUCGGCUGCAUCCAGGAUGUGGAGGAUGGCCUGAAAGCUGCGGAGAAAGUCGGUUACCCCGUCAUGGUGAAGGCCUCGGAGGGAGGCGGAGGCAAAGGCAUCCGUAAAGUCAACUGUGCUGACGAUUUCCCUAAUCUCUUCAGACAGGUCCAGGCAGAAGUCCCAGGAUCACCUAUUUUCGUCAUGCAGCUAGCCAAGCACGCCCGCCACCUAGAGGUCCAGAUCUUGGCCGAUCAAUACGGCAAUGCCAUUUCCCUGUUUGGGAGAGACUGCUCUGUGCAGCGACGGCACCAGAAAAUUAUAGAGGAGGCUCCUUCCACCAUCGCCCCCUCUGACGUGUUUGAGGAUAUGGAAAGGUGUGCAGUGAAGCUGGCUAAGAUGGUGGGGUACGUCAGUGCAGGUACGGUGGAGUACCUCUACAGCCAGGAUGGCAGCUUCUACUUCCUGGAGCUCAACCCUCGUCUGCAGGUGGAACACCCCUGCACCGAGAUGGUGGCCGACGUCAACUUGCCUGCUGCCCAGCUGCAGAUUGCUAUGGGUAUACCUCUUCAAAGGAUAAAAGACAUCAGGAUGCUCUAUGGGGUCCAGCCGUGGGGAGACUCUCACAUUGACUUCGAGGGCCUGUCGACAGCCCCCUCCCCCCGGGGACAUGUCAUCGCAGCACGCAUCACCAGUGAAAACCCUGAUGAGGGUUUCAAGCCGAGCUCCGGCACAGUGCAAGAGCUGAAUUUCCGGAGCAAUAAGAACGUGUGGGGCUACUUCAGCGUGGCAGCGGCUGGAGGGCUGCAUGAGUUUGCAGACUCCCAGUUUGGACACUGUUUCUCUUGGGGAGAGAAUCGUGAAGAAGCCAUCUCCAACAUGGUGGUGGCUCUGAAGGAGUUGUCCAUCAGAGGAGACUUCAGGACCACAGUGGAAUACCUCAUCAAGCUGCUGGAGACUGAAAGCUUUCAGCACAACACCAUUGACACCGGCUGGCUGGACAGGCUUAUCUCAGAGAAGAUGCAGGCGGAGCGUCCCGAUACCAUGCUGGGAAUUGUGAGCGGGGCUCUUCAUGUGGCCGAUGUCAAUCUCAGGAACAGCGUGUCCAACUUUCUGCAUUCUCUGGAAAGGGGCCAGGUGCUGCCAGCACACACACUUCUCAACACGGUGGACGUGGAGCUGAUCUAUGAAGGUACCAAGUACGUCCUGACGGUGACCCGCCAGUCUCCCAACUCCUACGUGGUCAUCAUGAACCACUCCGCUGCUGAGGUGGACGUCCAUCGGCUCAGUGACGGAGGGCUUUUACUGUCUUAUGAUGGAAGCAGCUACACCACCUACAUGAAGGAGGAGGUGGACAGGUAUCGCAUCACGAUUGGGAACAAGACUUGUGUUUUUGAAAGAGAGAAUGAUCCUUCGCUGCUGCGAUCUCCUUCAGCAGGAAAGCUCAUCCAGUACACAGUCGAGGAUGGCGGCCACGUGUUUUCUGGCCAGUGCUAUGCUGAGAUAGAGGUGAUGAAGAUGGUGAUGACUCUAACGGCUUUGGAGUCUGGUUGUAUUCACUAUGUGAAGAGGGUUGGAGCAGCACUGGAGCCCGGCUGUGUCAUUUCCAAGCUACAACUGGAUGACCCCAGUCGAGUGCAACAGGCUGAGCUGCACACGGGGCCCCUACCUAUUAUCCAGGCAGUGGCUCUGAGAGGGGAGAAGCUGCACAGAGUCUUCCACAACACGCUGGAUCAUCUUGUUCACAUUAUGAAUGGCUACUGUCUACCUGAGCCUUUCUUCAGCGCUAAGUUGAAAGACUGGGUGGAGAGGUUGAUGAAAAACAUGCGCGACCCCUCUCUGCCGCUGUUGGAGCUUCAAGACAUCAUGACCAGUGUGUCGGGUCGCAUCCCCCCUGCUGUGGAGAAGUCCAUCAAGAAGGAGAUGGCUCAGUACGCCAGCAACAUCACCUCGGUGCUCUGCCAGUUCCCCAGCCAGCAGAUUGCAAACAUCCUGGACAGCCAUGCUGCUACUCUGAACAAGAAGUCCGAGAGAGAAGUCUUCUUCAUGAACACGCAAAGCAUCGUUCAGCUGGUGCAGAAGUAUCGCAGCGGCAUCAGAGGUCACAUGAAGGCCGUGGUGAUGGACUUGCUCAGACAGUACCUGAAAGUAGAGAUCCAGUUUCAGAAUGGACACUAUGACAAGUGUGUGUUCGCGCUGCGUGAGGAAAACAAGGGCGACAUGGCAAACGUGCUCAACUACAUCUUCUCCCAUGCUCAAGUCACCAAGAAGAACCUGCUGGUUACCAUGCUGAUUGAUCAGCUGUGUGGCCGUGAUCCCACGCUGACGGAUGAACUGAUGGCCAUCUUGACUGAACUCACCCAGCUCAGCAAGACGACCAACGCCAAGGUGGCACUGCGAGCCCGGCAGGUGUUGAUCGCUUCCCACCUCCCCUCUUAUGAGCUACGACACAACCAGGUGGAGUCCAUCUUCCUCUCUGCCAUUGAUAUGUAUGGCCACCAAUUCUGCAUCGAGAACCUGCAGAAACUCAUCCUUUCAGAAACGUCCAUCUUUGACGUUCUGCCCAACUUCUUCUACCACAGUAAUCAGGUGGUCAGGAUGGCUGCCCUUGAGGUGUACGUUCGCAGAGCAUACAUCGCCUAUGAGCUCAACAGCGUCCAGCAUCGCCAGCUGAGGGACAACACGUGUAUCGUAGAGUUCCAGUUCAUGCUUCCCACCUCGCACCCCAACAGAGGGAACAUCCCCACUCUAAACAGGAGAAUGUCUGCUCCGGUCCUGGACUUUGCAAGAGGAGCGGACACUAGAUUACAGACCACUAAACUCCAGGACCUUAAAGAUAGUAGAUCUAAGGAUGAUAAAGCUGACAAGAAAAAUGCCGCCGAUUCGGAAUCUGCGGACAGGAUGUCAUUCUCCUCCAACCUGAACCACUACGGCAUGUUGCACAUCGGCAGCGUCAGCGACGUUCUGCUUGACGCGUCCUUCACGCCACCUUGCCAGCGCAUGGGAGCCAUGGUCGCUUUCCGCUCAUUCCAGGAGUUCAGCAGGAACGUAAACGACGUUCUGAGCUGCUUCUCUGACUCUCCUCCGCCAAGUCCAACCUUCCCAGAAGGAGGCAAUCCUGUCCUCUACGGGGAAGAGGAGAACAAGAGCGUCGUUGACGAGCCUAUCCAUAUCCUGAACGUGGCCAUAAAGACGGACAGCGACAUUGAUGACGACGGCCUGGCAGCCGUAUUCAGGGAGUUUACUCACUCAAAGAAAUCUAUGCUGUGUGAACACGGCAUCCGUCGGCUGACUUUCCUUGUGGCCCAGGAGGAUUUCAGGAAGCAAGUCAACUGUGAGGUGGACCAAAGGUUUCAUAGGGAAUUCCCCAAGUUUUUCACAUUCCGUGCCAGAGACAAGUUUGAGGAGGACAGGAUCUACCGCCAUUUGGAGCCGGCACUGGCGUUCCAGUUGGAGCUCAACCGCAUGCGCAAUUUUGCCCUCUCUGCCAUCCCGUGUGCCAACCACAAGAUGCACUUGUACGUGGGUGCUGCCCGUGUGGAGGCGGGCACAGAGGUUACGGACUACCGGUUCUUUGUGCGAGCCAUCAUCCGCCACUCCGAUCUGGUCACGAAGGAGGCCUCUUUCGAAUACCUUCACAAUGAGGCAGAGCGUCUGCUGCUGGAGGCCAUGGAUGAGCUGGAGGUGGCUUUCAACAACACGACUGUACGAACUGACUGCAAUCAUAUCUUCCUCAAUUUUGUCCCAACAGUCAUCAUGGACCCAUCUAAGAUUGAGGAGUCCGUGCGCUCCAUGGUGAUGCGUUACGGCAGCCGUCUGUGGAAGCUGCGUGUCCUGCAGGCUGAACUGAAAAUUAACAUCCGCCUGACACCAACUGGAAAGCAAAUCCCCAUCCGCCUCUUCCUCACCAAUGAAUCGGGCUACUACCUGGACAUCAGCCUGUACAAGGAGGUCACUGAUUCCCGAACGGGACAGGUGGGGCCCAAAGACCGACAGAUCAUGUUCCAAGCAUAUGGAGACAAGCAAGGGCCGCUGCAUGGCAUGCUGAUCAACACCCCCUAUGUGACCAAGGACCUGCUGCAGUCUAAGCGCUUCCAGGCACAGACUCUGGGCACCACCUAUGUCUAUGACUUUCCAGAAAUGUUCAGACAGGCUCUGAAAAAGCUGUGGCACUCUUUCCAGACCUUCGCCCACUUACCCAAAUGCCCCCUUCCCUCUGAGCUGCUCACCUUCACAGAGCUGGUUCUCGAUGCCCAAGGUCAGCUGGUGCAGAUGAACAGACUGCCUGGGGGCAACGAGAUUGGCAUGGUGGCGUGGCGGAUGACCCUGCGCACGCCAGAAUAUCCAGCGGGACGUGAGAUCAUCGUCAUAAGUAACGACAUCACGCACAAGAUCGGCUCAUUUGGGCCCCAGGAGGACAUAUUGUUCCUGCGGGCUUCAGAGAUGGCACGGGAGAGCGGCAUCCCGCGGAUCUACAUCGCAGCCAACAGUGGCGCUCGCAUUGGGCUGGCGGAGGAAAUCAGACACAUGUUCCACGUGGCCUGGCUGGAUACAGCUGACCCUUAUAAGGGAUUCAAGUAUCUCUACCUCACACCUCAGGAUUACAAGAAAGUUUCCGCCCUGAACUCUGUGCAUUGUGAACAUGUGGAGGAUGAGGGAGAAUCCAGGUACAAGAUCACUGACAUCAUUGGAAAAGAUGACGGGCUGGGUGUGGAGAAUCUGAAAGGGUCAGGAAUGAUUGCUGGAGAAUCCUCUCUGGCUUAUGACGAGAUCAUCACCAUGAACCUGGUCACGUGCAGAGCCAUAGGGAUUGGGGCGUAUCUGGUGAGGCUUGGACAGAGAACCAUCCAAGUGGACAACUCUCACAUUAUCCUUACUGGAGCGGCAGCACUCAACAAGGUGCUGGGCAGGGAAGUGUACACAUCGAACAACCAACUUGGCGGCAUUCAAAUCAUGCACAACAACGGCGUGACGCACACUACCGUUUGUGACGACUUUGAGGGAGUCUUCGCGCUUCUGGCGUGGCUCUCCUACAUGCCCAUGUGUAAAUCUAGUCCAGUGCCAAUCCUCUGCGCCAAGGAUCCCGUGGAUCGGCUGGUGGAUUUUGUGCCUACAAAGACUCCGUAUGACCCUCGCUGGAUGCUAGCAGGACGUCCCAGCCAGAGUGAGUGUCCAGAGGAAUCUUUUCAUGGAAACCGUUCUGCUCCAAAGGGUUCCUGGCAGAGUGGCUUUUUUGACCAGGGCUCCUUCAUGGAGAUCAUGCAGCCGUGGGCUCAGAGUGUGGUGGUCGGCAGAGCCAGACUGGGCGGGAUACCUACUGGGGUGGUCGCCGUGGAAACCAGGUCAGUGGAGCUGUCGAUCCCAGCCGAUCCAGCUAAUUUGGACUCUGAUGCAAAGAUCAUCCAGCAGGCCGGACAGGUGUGGUUCCCAGAUUCUGCCUUCAAAACAGCCCAGGCCAUUAAGGACCUAAACAGAGAGGGUCUACCUCUUAUGGUGUUUUCUAACUGGAGGGGCUUCUCUGGAGGAAUGAAAGAUAUGUACGACCAGGUGCUGAAGUUUGGGGCCUACAUUGUGGACGGGCUGAGGGAGUACAAGCAGCCGGUACUGGUUUAUAUCCCACCCCAUGCUGAGCUGAGGGGAGGAUCCUGGGUGGUUAUCGAUCCCACCAUCAACCCACGUCACAUGGAGAUGUACGCUGACAAGGACAGCCGGGGUGGUGUUUUGGAGCCCGAAGGCACAGUGGAGAUCAAAUUCAGGAGGAAGGACCUGGUAAAGACCAUGAGAAGAGUGGAUCCAGUCUACACAAGCCUGGCUGAAAGACUGGGAACGCCAGAGCUGAGUCCCCCCGAUCGUAAAGAGCUGGAGAGCCAGCUGAAGGAGCGUGAGGAGUUCCUCCUGCCAAUCUACCACCAGGUGGCCGUGCAGUUUGCGGACCUCCACGACACCCCAGGUCGCAUGCAAGAGAAAGGCGUCAUAACGGAUAUCCUUGAUUGGCAAACGUCCCGUCAGUUCUUCUACUGGCGCCUGCGGCGUCUGCUGCUGGAGGACACGGUGAUGAAGAAGAUCCAAGAGGCCAACAGCGAGCUGACCGACGGCCAGAUCCAGGCAAUGCUGCGCCGCUGGUUUGUGGAGGCCGAGGGGGCCGUCAAGGCCUAUCUGUGGGAUGACAAUGAAGAGGUGGUGGCAUGGCUGGAGAAGCAAAUAGCUGAAGAAGAGGGCGCGAGGUCCGUCGUCGACGAGAACAUCAAGUACAUCCGCCGAGAUCACAUCCUCAAGCAGAUACGCAGCCUCGUUCAAGCCAAUCCAGAGGUUGCCAUGGAUUCUAUCGUGCACAUGACCCAGCACAUAUCGCCCACACAGAGAGCCGAGGUGGUGCGCAUCCUGUCCACGAUGGAGACGUCGGCCUCCUCCUAGUGGGAGCCCGGCCUCUCUUCCCCCUCCUGGCUGAAGCCCAGCUCGGGACGCGGCCGCAGCCAAACGGAGCCCGGCUCAGCCAGACCUGCUCCCGACCGGGACCGGGGCUGGAAACCCACGGCUGGAAACCCACGGCUGGAGGAGCCAACACGAUGGGCCUCGGCAGCUGCCAGGUUACUGAUGAAUCGUUGGCUAUGAUUCUCACUAAGCAAGAGUUCAGAUGACUUGACAUCAAGUAUGACCUUUUGUAAAAUGUCUUAUGUGCGCCAGAUGAAUUAGUGUAAUUUGCAUUCAAGUGCAAUUGGGGAAAAAUGGUGUAAGAAAAUAUCUAUCGACUAAUAUGUAAUAAUAUGUUUUGGGGUUUACACAGUUGGCCCAAGUGGAUGUGGAUGCUUCCAUAAAACAACAAUGCAUUUAGAAUGUUUUUGUCAUAUAAAAAAAAAAUGCACCAUGGUUUGUGACAUAUGCUUGUUGAGAUUCGCAAGUGUUUUGAUGACCAAGUUGACAAUGACAACACAUUGCUGCAGGCAUUAGCGCGAAAGGGGGUUUUACACUCCUAAGUAGGGAGCACUUAGUUACUGAACAAAGACGGGGAACACGACAACAGAGUUGGACAGGAGAGCCCAGCAGGGAGCAGGGACGAGUUCCCUUUUAGACCCCGACCGUGUCACAGUUACCCUGCAGCGAGCGCCGGGCAGCUCGCCUCACAACAAAACCACAGCUGUCCCUUCUGUUCGCACAGCACACGCAUGCUGCUCGAGUCGCACUCUGCUGCUUACUGCUCCCUCACACGUUUGCACCCGGAAUCAAAGCUGCCGUUUUUAACUGGUGCGUCUCGCACAUACACACAGGUACACGCGCAAAGUGUUACAAAAAGUAAUAAAUACAGAGAUUAUAAUCGCUCAAAUGAGCAUUAAUAACUGACAGUGGAUAAUGGCGUUCUUCUUUAGAAAAAAAAAAAGGUUUAUUGUUUUUUUUUUUCUUUUGGCAACUUGUGGUUGCUCCUAAAACUUUUAUUUUAAUUUGUUUUACUAAAGAAUCAUUUGUCAAUAUGCGCUAAUUGGAUGGCUAAAUCACUAAACGUCUGUGAAAGAGCAAAAGCUACUGUUUACUGGAUUUACAUGUUACAUAAAAUGUGUUGUCUAAUUUUCAAUGCAAUUCACACUAACUGUUCUAUUUAAAGUUUGUACCUUUUUAUGUAUAUGAAAAUGUUACUUAUUUUUAUUAUUCAUUUUUGGACAACUCUGUUUGAAUCACAUACUACUUCAUAGCUUUAGUGUGCUGAAUGUGAGGGGGAGGAUGAUGAUGAUGAUGAUGAUGAUGACAAUCGAGUACAUACUAGUCGGAGAACGGCGCCAUGAUGUUGAUUUCUAUCCUAUAGAUCAGCGUGUCAUACACUCUCCAGAAAAUGCAACGUCAGCAAUGUGAAAUGGCUCUGUGGUCAGUGCUGUGCCUUUUUAUGUGACUGUAUAGACAUGUAGCCCAGUUGCUUUAUAAGUAACUGGUUGUUUCCUUUUCAAGGAUGGAGAACAAUUGACAGUGAUGAGCUCUAACUGUGUCUGUAAAUGUAAUAAAACUUACCCAACUUGG